ACAGCACAAAGAAGCUUUCCUUCUAUUGCAUACUAAGCCCAUCAAGCAACGAUAUCAUGAACUUUAUCAUGACGGCUUUCGUCGUGGUGCUUGCGCUUGUUAGCGUCGCUAACGCCGGUUACAUCGGAUAUAGCGGAUACGGGGGCUAUAGCGGAUACGGGGGCUACGGCGGACAUGGGGGUUAUGGAGGAUAUGGCCUAGGUUAUGGCGGGUACGGUGGAUACGGCUCCGGUUAUGGCGGUUACGGAAAGGGUUAUGGGAUCGGUUACGGAAGUUACGGCGGUUAUGGUGGAUAUCAUGGCUAGGAAUUGUAUGAUCGCCAAGCAACAUAGUCAGCUGCCUUAGUAAAGACGUAGCUGAUCGGAACGCUGCACGAUAGAUAGCUCGUCCCAAGACUACGACCAACUAUUACGCUACACAAAAACAGAAGAGAAUAUGUAGAAAUGUACAUAAAUUUGAAUAAAAAAAAAACUCUUGAUUCGUUGUAAAAACGUG